UUUCCUUUGCCCUCGUCAAAGGCGGCGGCGGUGAGGUUUUCCUUUCUUUCCCUUUUCUUUCCUUCCUUUCUUCCCGGCCAGGCGAGCGGGAAGAGGAGGUUUGGGGCGGAGAUGUGGGGCUUCCCGGCCCUCCCGCUGCUGGUCAACCUGGGCGUGUCGCUGCUGGGCCUGGGGGCCACGCUGACCCUCAUCCCGGCCUUCCGGGGACACUUCAUCACCGCUCGCCUCUGCGGGCUGGACCUCAACAAGACCGCCAAGCACCAGAUCCCGGAAUCUCAGGGGGUCAUCAGCGGUGCCGUCUUCCUCAUCAUCCUCUUCUGCUUCAUCCCCGUCCCCUUCCUGAGCUGCUUCGUGGAGGAGCAGUGCAAAGCGUUUCCCCACCACGAGUUUGUGGCCCUGAUCGGUGCCCUCCUUGCCAUCUGCUGCAUGAUCUUCCUGGGCUUCGCAGAUGACGUGCUGAACCUGCGCUGGCGCCAUAAGCUGCUCCUGCCCACGGCCGCCUCCCUGCCCCUGCUCAUGGUUUACUUCACCAACUUUGGCAACACCACCAUCGUGGUGCCCAAGCCCUUCCGCCCCCUGCUCGGCCUCCACCUUGACUUGGGGAUCCUGUACUAUGUCUACAUGGGCCUGUUGGCUGUGUUCUGCACCAACGCCAUCAACAUCCUGGCGGGCAUCAACGGGCUGGAGGCGGGCCAGGCCCUGGUCAUCUCGGCCUCCAUCAUCCUCUUCAACCUUGUGGAGCUCGGAGGUGAUUACCGGGAUGACCACAUCUUCUCCCUCUACUUCAUGAUCCCCUUCUUCUUCACCACCCUGGGGCUGCUCUACCACAACUGGUACCCGUCGCGAGUGUUUGUGGGCGACACGUUCUGCUACUUCGCCGGCAUGACCUUUGCCGUGGUCGGCAUCCUGGGCCAUUUCAGCAAGACCAUGCUGCUCUUCUUCCUGCCCCAGGUGCUAAACUUCGUCUACUCUCUGCCCCAGCUGCUCCACAUCAUCCCUUGCCCCCGCCACCGUGUGCCCAGGCUCAACGUCAAGACGGGGAAGCUGGAGAUGAGCUAUUCCAAGUUCAAGACGGCCAGACUCUCUCCCCUGGGCUCCUUCAUCUUGAAGCUCGCCGAGGCCCUGCGGCUGGUGGCCGUGCGCCAGGGCGAGGACGAGGACGGUGCCUAUACCGAGUGUAACAACAUGACCCUCCUCAACCUGCUUCUCAAACUGGUCGGGCCCACCCACGAGAGAACGCUCACCCUGCUGCUGCUGCUGCUCCAGGUUGCGGGCAGCGCCGUCACCUUCUCCGUCCGCUACCAGCUCGCCCGGCUCUUCUACGACAUCUGAGCCCCCCGAAGCUCCAUCCCGCCAGCAGCCGGGCCGGCUCCGGAUAAAGACUCGCCCCCCGGGGUGGCCGGCCCGCCCCCCGCCUUUCCCCGGGGGGCUCCGUCCCCGUCAGCCUCUACCCUCGCACGAAGGGUUGGGGAAGCGUCGUCUGACCGCUCACACGGUGCCGCCUCAACGUCGGUCCCCCCCCCCGCCAAACCUGCGACGCUUCUUCCCCUCCUUCCUGUACCCUCCGGUGAUUAUUUAUUGAUUGGCCUCGGCCUUUGCGCCUCCCCUAAUUCACGAGCUCUCUCUGCCCCGUGGCCUCUUCCGCGGAGGGAAGCGGCAGCCGAGGGCCGGGCCUCUCGGUAGUGGGGGGGCCGGAGUUGGGGUCCCGUUCCUGAGAAGGAAGAGAUGGGAUUUUUGAGGAGCGGGCCGGGCCGCUGGAAGAUCUGGGACAAUAAACAAGCUUUUAUAAACAA